GUUUGUUGACUGGUGUUGUUGUGGACUCUGGAGAUGGUGUAACUCAUAUUUGCCCAGUUUAUGAAGGUUUCUCUCUCCCUCAUCUCACCAGACGGUUAGAUAUCGCUGGGAGGGAUAUCACUAGGUACCUCAUUAAGCUCCUCUUACUGCGAGGGUAUGCUUUCAACCACUCUGCUGAUUUUGAGACUGUUCGCAUGAUCAAGGAAAAGCUGUGUUAUGUGGGGUACAACAUUGAACAGGAGCAGAAACUGGCAUUAGAGACCACAGUACUAGUUGAAUCCUACACGCUCCCAGAUGGCAGGAUUAUCAAAGUUGGUGGAGAACGGUUUGAGGCACCAGAGGCUCUCUUCCAGCCUCACUUAAUCAACGUAGAGGGGGUUGGUGUGGCUGAAUUGCUGUUUAACACAAUCCAGGCUGCUGAUAUUGAUACCAGGUCUGAAUUCUACAAGCACAUUGUGCUGUCUGGAGGGUCCACCAUGUACCCUGGGCUGCCUUCGCGACUGGAGCGGGAACUUAAACAGCUCUACCUGGAACGAGUUCUGAAAGGAGAUGUGGAAAAACUCUCGAAAUUUAAGAUCCGAAUUGAAGAUCCACCUCGUCGAAAGCACAUGGUGUUUUUAGGUGGCGCGGUUCUAGCAGACAUCAUGAAAGACAAAGACAACUUCUGGAUGACCCGACAAGAAUACCAAGAAAAGGGAGUGCGUGUGCUGGAGAAGCUUGGUGUGACUGUUCGAUAAAUCCCAAAGCUUGUUCCCAUCACAUGUCUAAAGCUUUUUUUUUUGUUUUGUUUUGUUUUUUUCCUUUCAUUGCCAAUCUCUGAACUCACUCAGCUACAUGCUAUGGAAAGGGCCUGUCUGUGGCCUUUUGACCCAAAGGUCAGGUUUUGUUCUGGUUUCUUGGGGUAACUUUUGUUAAAUGUUUCUUAAUGUGGCUAAAUUUGACUAUUAAAUUUGACCACUUCCCUGAAAACAAAACAGAGCAAGAGCAGCCUGUCUACUUCAUUGUUCCUUCCCAGUAGGCAAUUGGGUAAUUCUGGUAGGCUUUUUUCUUCUGGGUUUAUUGCUGUAGUACUGCUAGCUUUUGUCUCUAGUUCACAAAGGGUUGUGUGCCUUUUUUAGCGUAAGAAAACCUUUCAACAGGAGUUUUUGCUAUUGGAUCAUUGUGGUGGUGAUCUUUGCAUCUUUUUGCCUCUCUCUACAUUAAGAUUAUUAUUUUUUUCUUUCCUGCAAUUAGGAAUUUUGAUUAAACAUUGUUAGGAACUAGUUUAACUAGCUGGAAUGGCUUUAACACACUGUUUCGAUGUAAUGUGGUUCCGUACGCGCUGCUGCCUAAACUGGCUUCUGAGGUGGUUUAACCUUCAAGGUGGUGGCGGGGCUUUCAUACUGUAUUUCUCUAAGUGAACAUGUCCACAGUUGCCACAAAGGAAGAAACACCUGAUAUUCUGGCAAAUGUAAAUUUGUGGCCUUAGGUGUCUUUUUCUGGAGGGAGGAGACAGGUUUGAGCCGUGUUGCUUUUCUGUUAAGGGACAGCUGGGGGUCAGCCUGACCAAAAAUGCCUCUUUUUAUAGCUAAAUUUUGGUACUGUGUUGUCUCAGCAUAGGGAGCAAGAAUGUUAAAUUAGCUGUUCUGUAAUUUUUGAGAAACUCUAGAUGUGCUGAGACAGGAGCCUCUAAACUUCUGAAGAGAUUUAAUACUUUCAGAAAUGCUUGUGAAAACUGUAACUAUAGAUAUUAAAAACCCCAAAACUAAGUUUUAAAAGUCUGAUGUUUUAAGUGCUUGUAUGUACAUCAGAAGCACUUCCAUUAAACUUUACAAGUAUAUUAACCUAGUGCCAAGUAGUUCCUGCAAAUGAAUAUUUCAAUGACCAGUGUUUAUUGCAGCACGCAGAUAUUUAUAAACAACCCCUGGCAGUAGGUUAUAAAGAAUGAUCUAUACUUGUUCCGCUUAAAAAUAACUUUGGAAUACGAGAUGUUGUUGGUUGGUAAAUAUCCACAAUUCAUUUUGUCCAGUUUUGAUUUUUUUGAUACUUAACGUGGGAUGGGAAAGGAAGUGAAAACCAGUGAUGAAAAUGCUGUUUUGAGAAAGUACAUUAAAGCUGAGUUGUUCU